AUGAAACUUCGACAUAUCAAACUCAUGUUUUUCUUGUUAGCCCUAAUCUCAACAUCGAUCGUCCAACUAUUGGGAGCCCAGGAUGUUCACCCGAAUACGUUCAUGUGUCCUAAGAAAACAGCUUUAGAUACAGUGAGUGGAUGUUUCGAUGCAGUGAAAUUAGCAUCACAUAAUGAUAGCAGUCUGUUAACAAGUGAGUGUUGCCAAGCAGUGAAAACACUUCCUGAAUCCCUCUUGCUUGUCUCUCCUACCAGAGCUUUAAAUACAUCAAUCUUCAAAAGCAUAUGUGCUACAAAAUUCCCUGGAUCAAUUUCGUAA